CCGGGGGAGCGCCUUUGUGCCCGGCUCCGGGAGUCCGCGACGGCCGCUGCGCGCCCAGGUCCAUUGUUUCGCUUCUCUGUCUCUUCCGGGCAGGUGUCCGCAGCGGCGCGCGGGGCCCGCACGUGCCUAGCGACGGCUGUAGCACUGCAACCCGCGGGCGUCGGCGGGGCGUCCCCGGGCUCGGCCGGACAUGAAGUACCUGAAGCCGUGGUGGUCGGACGGCGGCGGCCUCCUGCACUUCACUAUCCUAUUGAGCUUGGCGGGGCUCCGCCUGGACCUGGACCUGGAACUGGACCUCUACCUACUGCUCCCGCCGCCCACCCUGCUUCGGGAUGAGCUGCUGCUCGGGUGCGGCCCGACGAGCUCCGCCUGCGCGCUCAGCCCCUUCCCCGCCUUGGGAGGGUGGGGGCCCUCGGACCAGCUGCACCUCAAAGGCCCGGAGCCGGACCCCGUGGGUCAGCUGCUGCGGGAGGUGCGCGCGCUGGGGGUCCCCUUCGUCCCGCGCACCCGAGUAGAUGCGUGGCUGGUACACUGCGUGGCGGCCGGGGACGCCGACGGGGCUCACGGGCUGCUCGGCGCCGCAGCAGCCUCCUCCGCAGAAGUGGGCGGCGGCGGCCCGGCGGCGCCAGGGGGAGGCGGGGACCCCCGAGCGGCUCCGAGUAGCCCCUUGGCCGCCGGGGAGGAGGAGAAGACACCAGCGGAACCGACGGCUGAAGUGCCCGACGCCGGCGGACGCACGAAUGAGGAAAAUGAGGUACUGAGAGAGAGGUAUGAAGCUAUGGAUCACAGUUCCCAGUAUGAGGGAAAUGAGCAAAGGGUGUCAGCCCAGAAGGAGAAAUCCCUACAGCAGGAGAAUGAAGAUGAAAAUAAAAUAGCAGAUAAACAUGAUGGGGAGGCAGAAAAGACUUCUGAAUCUAGAAAUGAGAGACAUAUAAAUGGGACAGAUGUAUCUUUCUCUCUGGAUGGCUUAUUUCAGCUACUUUCAUCACAGCCUGAAAAUUCACUGGAGGGCAUCUCACUGGGAGAUAUUCCUGUACUUCCAGGAAAUUUCAGUGAUGGCAUUAAUUCUUCACAUUAUAAUGUAAACUUUAGCCAGGCCAUAAGUCAUGAUGUCAAUCUUCAUGAGGCUAUGUUGCUGUGUCCUGACAAUACAUUUAGAAGAGAUCCAGUAGUGAGGACUUCACAGCCUCAAGAACCACAUCUGCAGUUAAAUUCUCAUACUACUUAUCCUGAACAGACCCUUCCUGGAACUAAUUUGACAGGAUUUCUUCCACUACUUAACAAUCAGUUGAGGAAUCUAACAAGCCAAGACCUAUAUGACCUUGAUGUGAACAUAUUUGAUGAGAUAAAUUUAAUGUCUUUGGCCACAGGUUUUGAUCCAACAGAAACUUCUGAGUUUUUUGAAGAACCAGAUUCUGAUUCUGGGCUUUCCUUAAAUUCAAGCCACAAUAGCACCUCUGUCACCGAAUCUAAUUCGUGUGUGUGUGAAGGUGCUGUAGGUUAUAGUAAUGACCGUGAAUCUCUCCCCGACCAUGACUUUCAAGGGGCUGUUGGAGGUGACUACCCAGAGCCCAGUAAACUUUGCCACAUGGAUCAUAGGAAUUUUGGUUUUCACAGGGACCUAGCUUUUCAACAUGUAUUUCAUAACCACACUUAUCACUUACAGCCAAAUGCACUAGAAUCCACUUCUGAAUGCUUUUCAUGGCCUGGGAAGUCACAGAAAUUGAAAAGGUACCUCAAUAACACAGAAACAAACUUAAGCCGUGAUGAACGGCAUGCUAAAGCUCUGUGUAUACCUUUUUCUGUAGAUGAAAUUGUCCGCAUGCCUGUUGAUUCUUUCAACAGUGUACUAAGCAGAUACUAUUUGACAGAUUCACAAGUGUCACUCAUGCGUGAUAUUAGACGAAGGGGGAAAAAUAAAGUUGCUGCUCAGAACUGUCGGAAGCGCAAACUGGAUGUAAUUUUAAAUCUAGAAGAGGAUGUAUAUAACUUGCAGGCAAAGAAGGAAACUCUUGAGAGUGAGCAAGCCCAGUGUAACAAAGCUAUUAACAUAAUGAAACAGAAACUGCAUGACCUUUAUCAUGAUGUUUUUAGUAGGCUGAGAGACAAUGAAGGUAGGCCAGUCAAUCCAAACCAGUAUGCUCUUCAGUGCAGUCAUGACGGAAGCAUUUUGAUAGUACCCAAGGAACUGGUGACCUCAGACCACAAAAAGGAAAACCAAAGGGAAAAAAAAUGAAAAAAAACCGAAGAUGGACUCCAUUAAUAUGCAUGAGGUACUGAUGUUCAAAAAUACAUAUGGAUCACAAACCUUGUCACUGCUUCAGGGUUGUUGCUCAAGCGUUACACUUCUAAGUACUGCUAUUUCAGUCACUCAAGGCUACAUUCUGAAGCUUCUGUGGACAAGUGUGGGAAAUUUGGGAGAAAGCCACUUUUAAUGAAAUCUUCCUGCUCCAUUAUAUGCACAACUCAAACAGUAUGUACAAAGGAUAAGGUUUCACUUUGGUUGCUAUUAAGAUGGUCAUAACAGUCACUGGACCAUUAAUUAUUUCAAAACAUUUGUUUUAAUGACUUGGAAUGCAAAGUAGACUUUAUUUUCAUUCAGCUUACUGGCAGUGAAGUUUAGUGAGCUUUUCGAAAGCUAGUUUUCUGUG